CGGCGGCGUCUGGCCCCGGCUCCUCCUUCUCCUCCUCCUCUUCCUCCUCCUCCUCCUCCUCCUCCUCCUCCUCCUUCUCCUUCUCCUCCUCCUCCUCCGUCGCCUCCUCGCUCGCUCCCUCCAUCCGCGGUGGCGAUGGCCCGUCGCCGGAGCACAAAAGCCAACGCGUGCCCAGGGCCCUGGAGAUCCGCGCGGCUCUGGCUGCUUCUCCUCCUGGCCCUAGCGGACGGAAACGGUGCUUUUGCAGAACAUUCGGAAAAUGUGCAUAUUUCAGGAGUGUCAACUGCGUGUGGAGAGACUCCCGAACAAAUCCGAGCACCUAGUGGGGUCAUCACUAGCCCAGGCUGGCCCUCUGCGUACCCUGCUAGGAUCAACUGUAGCUGGCUCAUCAGGGCAAAUCCGGGGGAGAUCAUCACCAUCAGCUUCCAGGAUUUUGACAUUCAGGGCUCCCGUCGAUGCAGCUUGGACUGGCUGACUAUCGAAAUGUACAAAGACGUUGAGAGCUACCGCGCCUGCGGCUCCACCAUCCCGCCGCCCUACAUUUCUUCCCAAGACCACGUCUGGAUCAGGUUCCAUUCAGACGACACAGUCUCCAAGAAGGGCUUCCGGCUGGCAUACUUCUCAGGGAAAGCCGCGGAGCCCCGCUGCGCCUGCGACCAGUUCCGCUGCGCCAACGCCAAGUGCAUCCCCGAGGCCUGGCGGUGCAAUGGCAUGGACGAGUGCGGGGACCGCUCGGACGAGGCGGCGUGCAGCGGGAGUAGCCGGGCUGCGACGGGGGUGUCCGGGGCUGUCGUGGCAGCCGAGCCCCCCAGCGCAGCCGCCGCCUUCCAGCCGUGCGCCUACAACCAGUUCCAGUGCCUGUCGCGCUUCACCAAGGUGUACACCUGCCUGCCCGAGGCGCUGCGCUGCGACGGCAACAUCGACUGCCUGGACCUGGGCGACGAGCUGGACUGCGCCGUGCCCGCGUGCGGCCGCUGGUUGCGCUAUUUCUACGGCACCUUCAGCUCGCCCAACUACCCCGAUUUCUACCCGCCGGGGUCCAACUGCACCUGGCUCAUCGACACCGGCGACCGGCGCAAGGUGCUGCUGCGCUUCACCGACUUCAAGCUGGACGGCACGGCGUCGGGCGACUUCGUCAAGGUGUACGACGGGCUGGACGAGAACCCGCGGCGCCUGCUGCGGGUGCUCACGGCCUUCGACGCCCACGCGCCCCUCACCGUGGUGUCCUCGUCGGGCCAGGUGCGCGUGCACUUCUGCGCCGACAAGGUGAACGCGGCGCGCGGCUUCAACGCCACCUACCAGGUGGACGGCUUCUGCCUGCCCUGGGAGAUCCCCUGCGGGGGCAACUGGGGCUGCUACACGGAGCCGCAGCGCUGCGACGGCUACUGGCACUGCCCCAACGGCCGCGACGAGGGCAACUGCUCGGCCUGCCAGAAGGAGGAGUUCCCCUGCUCGCGCAACGGCGUCUGCUACCCGCGCUCCGACCGCUGCAACUACCAGAACCACUGCCCCAACGGCUCGGACGAGAAGAACUGCUUCUUCUGCCAGCCGGGCAACUUCCACUGCAAGAACAACCGCUGCGUGUUCGAGAGCUGGGUGUGCGACUCGCAGGACGACUGCGGCGACGGCAGCGACGAGGAGAACUGCCCGGUCAUCGUGCCCACGCGGGUCAUCACGGCGGCUGUCAUCGGCAGCCUCAUCUGCGGCCUGCUGCUGGUCAUCGCGCUCGGCUGUACCUGCAAGCUCUACUCGCUGCGCAUGUUCGAGCGCAGGUCAUUUGAAACCCAGCUGUCAAGAGUAGAAGCUGAAUUGUUAAGAAGAGAAGCUCCUCCUUCCUAUGGACAAUUGAUUGCUCAGGGCUUAAUUCCACCUGUGGAAGAUUUUCCUGUUUGUUCGCCUAACCAGGCCUCCGUGCUGGAGAACCUGCGGCUCGCGGUGCGUUCGCAGCUGGGCUUCACGUCCAUCCGGCUGCCCAUGGGGGGCCGCUCCAGCACCCUCUGGAACCGCAUCUUCAGCUUCGCGCGCUCGCGCCACUCGGGCUCGCUGGCCCUGGUCUCGGCCGACGGGGACGAGGUGGCGGCCGGGCCGGGCGCUGGCCGGGACGCCGAGCGGGGCCACGCGCACCGCGGCUUGUUCUCCGUGGAGUCCGACGAGGCCGACACGGAGCACGAGCGGAGGGAUGCGGCCGGGGCGGCCGGCGGGGUGGCCGCUCCGCUGCCCCAGAAAGUGGCCCCCACGGCGGCCGUGGAGGUGGCCACGGUGGGAGCCGGCGGCCCCGCGUCCACCCCCAGCGCCCGCAACGGGCCCCGGGAGAGCCGCCGGGGGGAGGCCGGGACAGCGGCUCCGUCUUCUGCAGGAGCAGGUGCAGGUGCAGCAGCCGGGCCUGCAACCACCGCCUCCCCGGGCACGGAGCACCCGAGCGUGAGUCCCGCGCGCCACCAGCUCAGCAGCGCGCUCAGCCGCGUGACUCAAGGGCUGCGCUGGGUGCGUUUCACCCUGGGCCGCGCCAGCCCCGUGGCCGCCGCCACCCAGAGCCACAGCCCCCUGAGACAGCUGGACACUGGGGGGCACGGCCGGGGAGACGACGACGACGACGUGGAGCUGCUCAUCCCCGUCGCCGACGGCCCGUCGGAACCGGAGGCGCACGGCGAUUGCGCACGGCCACUCCUGGACCUGGCGGCCACGGGCACGGCCACCGCCGGGGUACCGCAGCAUCAGCACCCCGGGGCCCGGCCCGACGGCCCCUGUGACCACUGCGGCAUCGUGCACACGGCGCAGAUCCCCGACUCCUGCCUGCACAGCGGCCCCAAGAGCGAGCCCAGCGACGACGAGGCUUUGUUACUGUGCUGA